AUCUAUGCGAUUGUGGAUUUGCUUACUUAUAACCACUGGAAAAUGGAGUCAUUUAAGGGUGAUUUACUAUGGAGCCCAGCGAUGCAAUCUCUUCUGCUCUCGGCAACCUUCUAUGGUGGUUUGGCGACCAUCUCUUUUGCAGGAGUUUUGGCGGACAGGUACGGUCCGAAAACAAUUGUCAUAGCAUUCACUCUGGACUACAUUCUUGUUACGCUAUUGACUCCGUUCCUAGCUCGUCAUUCCUAUGUCGCUUACUUUACCGCCAGAGUCAUUAUGGGUAUUGGAGAGGGUUUUGUAUUUCCAUCUUUUGCAAGUCUUAUCGGUAAAUGGUAUGCUCCAGCGGAGAAAUCAACGGUAGCAGCGAUGUACACUUCCGGAAACCAGGUAUUACGACUUCCUCCUGAUGUUUAUUCAUUGCGUUUUUUCGGCAUUGAUGAAUCAAAAUACUUCCAUGAUUAUACAGUGAUGGUUUCAGUUGGCGGCUGGAUUUUCCUCAUUGAUUUCUUCAUACCUUUGUACAUUGAAUCCAGGAUGGCCGAUGAUAUUUUACAUAUUUGGUGCAGUUGGCUGCUUAUGAGCAAACUACCUGUCCCAUGGAAACUAAUGCUGAGCUCGCAGCCCUUGAUUGCUGCAGUCUUCUGUCAGUUCACCUACAAUUUACAAGCAUCCCUUCUUCAAGCUUUUCUACCAACUUUUCUCAAGGAAGAGCUUAUGCUGCCUCUUAACAAAUCUAUCGGUUCAUUCGGAUCAGCGGCCACGCUUAUUGCCCUUGCAACACUACCAAAUUGUGAAAAUCCUUACAUUGCACUUCCACUGCUUGGGCUAUACGGUCAGCACCUUCUUUUCCGCCGGUAUAUGCGGCUUCUUCACAUGUAUUUUGUGCAUAGCACCGCCUUAUUCUGGAUCAAUCACUUCGAUCUCAAUGCUAUUUGGAAUGCUUGGAAAUAUAUGCGGUCCUACGAUGCUAGGUUUGAUAUCAAAAAUGGUUAG